AUGGCUAAAAGAAAGAAUAAUAAAGAAUUAGAGGCGAAGAGAAAGAAGGCAAAGCAAGAGCAAGACUCGCUUCUCUCUGCCGGAGUCUUCUCUACCCACGAUCAAAAUGAAUCAGAAGAAGAUAUCAAAGACUGGGAUAACGAAGAACAAGAUUAUGAAUUAAGACCUAGAUCCAUAAACAACGAGAAAAAAAUGGUGGAAGGGUUACCCAUCAAAACAUCGGAUGGUAGGAUUGAACGGGUUGUGAGAGAGGUCAACGAAGGAGAGCCCGAAGAAGAACCAGAAGAAGAGCCCGAACAAGAAGAAGAAGCUGAAAAGGAGGAAGAACCAGAAGAAGAUGAGGACUCCCAUUUGUCACCACAAGAAAAGCUCACCAAAUUAAAAGAAGAGAUUGCCAAUCUUGCAUCUAAAUUGAUAGAAGACCCAGAAGAAAAUAUAUCAUGUCUUACAAGAUUAAGAAAAAUGUCCGAAUCAAAUAAUGUAGUAACCUGUCAAUUAGCUAUAAUGGCAUUGAUACCAGUUUUCAAAUCAUUAGCACCAGGAUAUAGAAUAAGACCUUUGACUGAUGCAGAAAAACGUGAAAAAGUUAGUAAGGAAGUUGCUAGAUUAAGACAAUUCGAACAAAUAUUAAUUCAUAAUUAUAAGCAAUAUAUUGAUCAUUUGACUAAAUUAUCAAAAAUAUCCAAUUCAAAUUCUCAAAAUAAUAAAAAAAUUACUCCAAAUCAAAUAAAAUUAGGUCAAUUAUCCUCUAAAGCUGCCUGUGAAUUAUGUUCAUCUUCUUUACGUCAUUUUAAUUAUAGAGCAGAACUUUUCAAUAUAAUUAUUCGCCGUCUUAAUAAAAAACCAAAUGAUAAUAUCGAUUAUGAAAUAUUCACCAAAUGCAUUCAAAUUUUACAAACUACUUUAAUUGAUGAUGAACAACAUGGUGAUAUCACUUAUGAUAUCGUUAAAUUAUUAUCCAAAUCAAUUAAAGAUAAAAAAUUCAGAGUUGAUGAAUCAGUUAUUAACAUCUUCUUAUCGCUUUCCCUUUUACAUGAUUAUGACCCAAAUAAUAAUAAAGAUGAUCAAGAUAAAAAACCAAAAUUAAAGAAAAAGGAUAGAGUUCAUUUAUCUAAAAAAGAACGUAAAGCAAGAAAAGAACGUAAAGAAAUUGAUGAAGAAAUGAGGAAAGCUGAACAAGCAGUUACCGCUGAAGAACGGGAAAAAUUUCAAGCCCAAGUUUUAAAAAUGGUUUUAACUCUUUAUUUAGAAAUUUUAAAGGCCGGUAGUCAUACAGUUAAUAAUUCUACUGGUAGUUCAGGUAAAAAUGAUGCUACUCUUUUAAUGGCUGCUGUCUUGGAAGGUUUAUCCCGUUUUGGUCAAAUGGCUAAUUUUGAUUUAUUAGGUGAUUUCUUAGAAGUAUUGAGAGAAAUUAUGUCGGAUAUUUUAGAUGAACAUUCUCUUGCUAAUACUUCAAUUUUCGAUACUAACGAUAAUGACGAUGAAGAUGAUUAUGGUGGAAUGUAUACUGGUCAACAAAUAAGAACAGUUUUAUUAUGUAUUGCUACUUCAUUUGCUUUAAUCUUAAAUCAUUCAACUACUGGUAAAUUACCAAUGUCAAUCGAUCUUACUAGAUUCAUUAAUAGCUUAUACGUUAUUUUAGCUGACUUAUCUUUGGAUACUGAUUUAGAAUUAUCUCAUAAGUCUCUUAGAUUAGCAGAUCCAUUAUCUCCGUCUAAUUCAACAAAUAAGCCUUCAGUAAAUGUUUCAACAAAGGCUGAAUUACUUCUUCGAUGUUUAGAUUGCAUUUUUUUUAGAUCAAGAAAUGGAACUUUACCUCGUGCUACUUCUUUCACUAAAAGAUUAUACAUUUUAACUUUAAAUUCCCCUGAAAAAACUGCAUUGGCUAAUUUGAAAUUCGUUGGUAAAUUGAUGAGUAGAUACGGUGAAGGCUUUAAAGGUCUAUGGAAUACUGAAGAACGUAUUAGUGGUGAAGGCUCAUAUACCUUGGGUAUCGAAAGACCUAACGUUGAAGUUGAAUUAGAAAGAUGUAAUAGUGGUGCUGCUACAUUAUGGGAAAAUGUUUUAUUAGAUAAACAUUAUAGCCCAAUGGUUAAAGAUGGUUCAAGAUCUUUAAUGAAAAGUAGUAAACCUUCUAACUAG